GACUUUCCGGAAAUCACAGAUUUAGAACCGUGAACUCUUCAGCUUUUACGUUUACAUCGUUCCUUCCAGUGUUGUGGAAAAUUUCCGAAAGAUGUUCGUUGGAAAUUCUCGUGAAUUAUAAAGUUAUGCACAGAUAUACGCAAGCAAACAAUUUGGUGAGAUAUACUAUGACGUCAUCUUCUUUAGUGCCCACGGUAUGUAGCAACGUGACCUAUACUUUCCAAACAGAGAACAACUUUACAGCCAUAUGUGCACAAAAUCUAUUUACAACAGGCAGCAUAACAAUACAUCCUCUUGAGGUAUUUUCUGUUGAAAUGCCUUCUCCGAGAUCGCAAACUUGGUCCAACAUUAAUCCAACUACCCCAGGCAACGAAAAUGAGAGACUUCGAUCAUUGACCCCCGGAGGAAAUGCACCUACACCCGAUUUGGAGAUGCACCGUGAGUCUUUCCCUGCAGAGGGAGAACCGGGGAAUAGAGUCGUUGACAAUACUGCUAGUAAGAGUUCCCAGAGUAAAAGCAGAACAGGAAAGAAAAGGGGCAGAAUAAAUUCCAAAGAGAAGAGUAAGGCAGAUGAGAAAGAGAAGAACAAAAAGAAGAGCAAGGCGGAUGGAAAAGAGAACAAAAAAAUGGUUCCAUCUGAGAAUCCCGAGAUCCGCGCCCUGCUCCAGCACAACUACCCUGGUAGAAGCGAUGAAGAUAGCCUUGUCUGUUAUAUCUGCUCUGAUGCGUUCGAUGAACCUGUUCAUCUCAAGAACCACAUCGUAAACCUCCACCUACGUCAUAUCCCGAUCCAGGAGUUCGCCAUGUGUCCGGCCUGUGGACUGGUCUGUAGGUCGCGCUCAAAGUUUGUAGAGCACGCUCUCAAGUCCAGGAAUGCUUGCCGAUCUUUGGUAAAACGCAAAGAAAAACCGGCAACUCGGAAAAAAAGAGAAAAAAGGUGAAAAGUAGCAUUGCUAUGUAGGCUCUGUGUCACUAGUAUUGAAAGUCACACAGAGUACACCAGCCAUGGACUGUUUCACUCGCUCGGUAAUCACUCAGUAAAGGUAUACCGACUUGUAAACUUAUUUAUGUUUUACGAUUAUAGUUCAAGAUGUUGAGUUCUGACUUCUUUAUUCACAGUUGAUGAUAUUUGAUGUUUGUAUUUGGCGUAACAUUGAUAGCUUUAUUAUGGUUUAAAGGCUUGAUCAGGCCGACGAUAUUCCGCUGAUUGCUUAGUUGUGUAAUUGGGGAUAGCUAAUGCUCAAUUGUAGGAAAAGUCAAUAUUGACGGUGGUCUCAUGUAGAAUAAUCCCGGGGUUUGGUGGUAUUGAAUCCCAGGAUCUAUGUCUGUCCCGACAUUGUUGUCUGUUUUUAAUGCAGUAAGACAGUUUAAUUCGAGCCAGGCAUAAAGUAUUGUGAGAUUGAGAAGUUGAUAUUUCUGCAAGCAAUUUCAAUAUGUUUGAAUCCAUUUUGCUAAAUUGUUAACCAGUUACCUCUUCGUUAUCUAGACAUGUUUCUUUAAAUUGUGAAACUAGAUCUGGUGUGUUUUGCAUGUCCCAAGCGAUCCAAUUUGGUUUUGCUUUUUAAUCCAUUGCUUCUAGUUUCGAUAGUUUGUAUGUUGUA